AUGAUUCUGGCUGAAGAAGUCAAUCCCAAAGCAUACCCUCUGGCUAGUCCGGAGUUAACUGGAAAGAUUAUUGAGUUACUAAAGCAAGCCGCAUCCUACAAACAGCUGAAAAAGGGUGCCAAUGAAGCCACCAAAGCUUUGAAUCGCGGAAAAGCCGAGUUUGUCGUUAUGGCUGCAGAUACCAGCCCAAUCGAAAUCGUUCUGCACAUUCCUCUUGUCUGUGAGGACAAAAAUGUACCGUACAUUUUUAUUCCAUCUCAACAAGCUUUGGGUCGUGCCUGUGGCGUGUCCAGGCCAGUGAUCGCAGCUGUAGUGACCGAUAGCGAAGGUUCUCAGUUGAAGCCGCUCGUCAGUAAUAUUCAAAUGAGCAUUGAGAAGCUCUUGUUAUAA